ACUUCAAAGAGUCACAAAUCACCCUUAAUCAAAAAGGGUGCAGAAAUUUUUUUUGGGCCCUCCCCGCCAUGAGCUCCUACGUAACCAAUUCAUUCUAUAAGCAGAGCCCCAAUAUCCCUGCCUAUAACAUGCAAACUUGUGGGAACUAUGGAUCGGCCUCAGAGGUGCAGGCAUCCAGGUACUGCUACGGUGGAUUGGAUUUAAGCAUCACUUUCCCACCGCCUGCGCCUUCCAACUCUCUCCACGGGGUAGACAUGGCUGCCAACCCCCGGGCUCACCCCGACCGCCCCGCCUGCAGCGCUGCGGCCGCUCCGGGACACGCUCUGGGCAGAGACGAAGCGGCUCCUCUGAACCCCGGGAUGUACAGUCAGAAGGCGGCUCGCCCGGCGCUGGAGGAGCGAGCUAAGAGCAGAGGGGAGAUCAAAGAGGAGCAGGCGCAGACAGGGCAACCCGCCGGACUGAGCCAGCCACCAGCCCCGCCACAGAUUUACCCGUGGAUGACCAAACUGCACAUGAGCCACGAGACGGACGGCAAGCGGUCCCGAACCAGUUACACGCGCUACCAGACUCUGGAACUGGAGAAAGAAUUCCACUUUAACCGCUACCUCACUCGCCGCAGGCGCAUAGAGAUCGCCAACAACUUGUGUCUCAACGAGAGACAGAUCAAGAUUUGGUUCCAGAACCGCAGGAUGAAGUGGAAGAAAGAUUCCAAAAUGAAAAGCAAAGAGGCUCUUUAGAGGCAGCCGGAAGCCCGUGGAGAGCACCCCAACCGGCUUGGGUCCCUGCGCCCUUCGUUUUCGGUUUUUCUCUCUAUUUUGGGGUGGGGGAGGCAGGAGUUGGAGCUUUCGCUCCCCAGGCCUCACAGACAAAAGCGCUUUUCCUUGGGAUUCUGCAUCUCCACUGCCCCUGCUCUGCCUGUCUGCCCUCAGCCCAGCAAAGUUCAGCUUAGCUCAGCUGGGCACCUGGGGCCCAGGGGUACCUUUGCACGGUCUUCCCAGAGGGCUUCGGAGCAUUACGGGCUGGUAGUGAACCAACCUCAGCCUUGCCCACCUUUCCCGUCCCCAAGUCCCUGUGAGGCCCACCUGAAUUAAGGUGGGCCCGGCCCAGUGUAGGCCCUCACCCAACCUCUAGGCUUUCCCUCUCUUUUGUUUCUGGCUAGUGAGCCCGGGACCCCAGGCUGGAGAGUACUUGUGCUUAGCAGAGUCCAUUGCCAAACUGGGGUGCUUCCUCAUGGUGACUAACCUUGGUCUUCUCUUAUUAAUGAUUUGCAUUUGAAAGGGGAGAAGAAUGACCGUGGGCCUAGGGCCCUAGUGGUUGCCCUAUCCUCUCCACAUCUUCUUCCCCUUCCCCUAAGUCGGGGAACCUCCCCAGCCCUCGCCUGCUGCAUGCCCUCUCAGGCCGCAGCCCCAGCUUGCUAGCUUAACCUUUGGGGCUUUCUGCCAUUUGGAGCCCAGCAAGUGGUCCUAGAGGCUCCUUGCUGUCCCAUAGUUCCGGCCAUGACUUUCUUGCCCUGCUAUUCCAUUGCUGUUGCCCAACUAUUUAUUAACACCCGGGUCCUUCCUGAAACUAUAUUUUGUCAUAUCAAAUAAAGACAAA